AUGGGGGUGACACCGGAGGGGACAGCAGGGGUGGCAGCAGGGGUGACAGCAGAGGUGACAGCACAGGUGACAACGCCACGCCACAAGUGCCACCGAGCACGCUGUGGUGUCCCAGGCCGCGCGGCGCUGGUGGCACUGGUGGCGCUGGUGGUGCUGGUGGCGCUGGUGGCGCUGGUGGCGCUGGUGGUGCUGGUGGCGCUGGUGGCGCUGGUGGCGCCGGUGGCGCUGGUGGCGCUGUUUGACGUGUGGAGGGAUUACCUGGGGCUGGCGGCCGCCGUGGCCGCGCUGCUCCGCGAGCCCGGGGGACCUAUGGGACCAUCUCCACACGUAGGACCAGCUCCAUGUGCCAAAUCAGCUCCAUGUGCCAGCCCAGCUCCACCAGUGGGACCAUCUCCAUGCAUGGAACCAGCUCCACCCCCGCGCCCGGCCGCCGCGCCCUGCUCGUUCUGCCGGCACAACGGCGAGUCGCCGGGCGUGUACCGGAGCCACAGCCUGCGGGACGCGCGGGGCCGCGUGCGGUGCCCGGUGCUGCGCAGCUACGUGUGCCCGCAGUGCGGCGCCACGCGCGACCGGGCGCACACGCGGCGCUUCUGCCCCCGCACGCACCGCGGCUACAGCUCGGUGUACGCGCCCGCCGCGCCUGGGACGGCACCGACACGGCCUAGGUGA